UAAAGCGGUGGAUGGAGCUAGAACAAAUUAUCACAAAACAUAGUAACAAAAAUUAGAAAAACAUAUCAUAGUGUUACUCUUCCAAUAGAGAUUCAUGUUUACUUCGAUCCCAUUGUUUGUUAUCUUUUCAAGCCUUUGCCUGUUCUCUACUGUGAUGGAAAAUAAAGAAAAUGAGGAAGAGGUAGUCAUGGCUAAUAUUACUGAACCAACAAGUUACGUUGAAACAACUACAACCUCGAAUGAUCAUGUUGAAGAAACCCUAAUGAAUUCUCAAAGCAAUAGCUUUGAAAGAAACUUCAAAGAGUGUAGAAAGAAUCACGCUUCCAGCAUUGGAGGCUACGCUCUUGAUGGUUGUGGCGAGUUUUUACCCGCUGGAAUUGAAGGAACCAUCGAAUUUUUCACAUGUGCUGCGUGUAACUGUCACCGAAAUUUUCAUCGGAGAGAAAAUGGUGUUGUUAAUGAAGAGAAUAUUUCCCUUCCUUUUAACAACCCCCGUUUUCCUCAGCCAACUCCCUUCUCGACAGUUUUUCAAACUCCGACCGGUUACCAUCAUGUGACUGGGACUUCUAGGGGGACAACUACUUCUCUUCCUUCUUCAGUUGUUCAUGAUGAGGCCCACUUUCCAAGGGGUUAUCUUGGAGAAGGUGCUGUUGAGCCAAUCUAUCAUGGUGAUACUUAUAGUGGUGGAGAAGGGUCGUCAAAAUCAAAGAAGAGGUUCAGAUCCAAGUUCACUCAUGAUCAAAAGGAAAGGAUGCUUGGAUUUGCUAUGAAAUCAGGUUGGAAGAUUCAUAAACAAGAUGAAAAUGUUGUUGAAGAAUUUUGUAAUGAGAUUGGUGUAAAGUGUAAAACUUUUAGGGUGUGGAUGUAUAACAACAAACACACCCUUGGAAAUAAGCACUAGAAAAUAGAUGAUAAUAAUAAUAAUAAUAAUAA